AUGAAAUUUAUAACUGCCGUAUGCAUUGUAAUCGUCAUGGCCCUGGUGCCAUCCUUAAAGGCUGCCCGUAUCUGUGUUAUCCAAAGUGCCAAUUGCAACACCACCACUGGAACAAAUGUUUGCGGUCGUUAUGGUCGCUCUACUCUUUGCAUGCGAUUCAGAAAUACUUGUGCCCUGCAAACGGCCAAUUGUACCGACAAUGUUGGUUACACAGCUGUAAGUCUAGCCAACUGCAGAAAUAUUGCUCUCAAUCAACGCGCCGUAUGUGGCAGCAGUUCAACGAGUAGUAGCAAUGUUCAGCCCGUUAUUGUAAAUCUAGGAAAUACAGGAAAAUAA